AGCAAAGUGCCAAGUUUAAAAAAAUUGUUAACUAGUAAAAUAGAUUUUACCAAUAAGUUGACCAGUUUUUAAACUCGCUAGCUCAAAUUUGACCAGAUCUCAAAAAAAAAAAAAUUUGGGAUGCAAACCAAAGUUUAAACCAAUUGGUAACUAGUGAAAUAGAUUUUACCAACAAGUUGAGCAGUUUUUAAACUCGCUAGCUCAAAUUUGACCAGAUCUCAGAAAAAAUUUGUGGGAUGCAAACCAAAGUUUGAACCAAUUUGGCCAAACAAAGUGCCAAGUUAAAAAAACUUUGUUAACCAGUAAAUUUGUAUUAAUUACCAUGAUUAACAAAUUUGUUUGUCCCCUGUGAUCCAAAAAACGUCCAAAAUGUUGGCGUCUUGUACCAACGGAACUUUAGACUUAGAUGCACGUCUCUGCCACAACGAUUCCCUUUGGCAGAACGUCUCCGACGAUUCUGGCAUAGACACAUGGGCAAUUCAACGUAUAGUAUCCACAGUAGUCCCUAUUUUCUUCACCAUCAUCGGUCUGGCUGGACUUCUAGGAAACGCCCUUGUGGUCCUAGUAGUAGCCCUAAAUCCUGGCAUGAGGAGCACCACUAAUAUCCUUAUCAUCAAUCUGGCAGUAGCAGAUCUCUUGUUUGUGAUAUUUUGUAUCCCUUUUACUGCAACUGAUUAUGUCCUGACAGCCUGGCCCUUUGGGGAUUUGUGGUGCAAGAUUGUGCAGUAUCUGAUUGUGGUGACUGCUCAUGCAUCGGUCUAUACCCUGGUUCUGAUGAGUUUGGAUAGAUUUUUGGCAGUUGUCCAUCCUAUUGCAAGUAUGUCGGUCAGGAAUGAGAGGUAUGCCCUAAGGGCUAUCCUGUUGACGUGGACUGUGAUAUUGACGACUGCUAUUCCGGUGGCGCUGUCGCAUGGAGAAGUCAGAUAUUCCUACGGAAACGAAGGCUACUCCUCCUGUGUUUUCCUAGAAUCGGCAGGAUAUUCUAGACCUGCCUUUCAUAUAUCAUUUUUUGCCUCUUCCUAUGUAAUGCCUUUGACUUUAAUAUCAUUUUUGUACAUGAGGAUGUUGGCAAGGCUUUGGAGAGGACCUAUGUCUGCCGUAGGGGCUGCAAGUUCGAGGGAAUCACGACGGGGUAAAAGGCGAGUGACUCGCCUUGUAGUGGUUGUCGUGGCUGCUUUUGCAAUUUGUUGGGCACCAAUACAGAUAAUCCUGGUGCUGAAGUCCCUAAAUCGUUAUCCGACCACAAACGUGACGGUGACGGCCCAGAUCGUCUCCCACGUUUUGGCCUAUAUGAAUUCCUGCGUGAAUCCGGUCCUGUACGCCUUCCUGUCGGACAAUUUUCGGAAGGCGUUUCACAAGGUGUGGUGCAUUGCCGCGGUCCGACGCAGCAUUGGCGUGCAAGCCAGACGACCAGAGGCGGCGGCGGGCCGUUCGGGGCGGCGACGAAGAGCACGGCAGGGCCGAACGGGGGCAACGGCAACAAUGGGGCAACAGGGCCAACAAAAUACCCCCGACACGAGAUUAUUACACCCACAAGAGGGCAACACGCACACGACGCAACUGGACCACUCGACAUACUCUAGGAGCAGACAGAAUAGUCUAUUCGAUGAUCAGACGACCGAGAUGUCCCAGUGCCUCUGAAACAUCAGAAGCUCCUCGCAGCAGCGCGAGGAGGAGACCCUAGUUUGAGGACCACUGGAUAAAGGAAAGAUUUUUACUAAUUUAAUUUAAUAUAAAAAAAUUGCUGAUGUGAUUUGUAAGUUUAAGAUAAAAUUUUGAAAAAAAUAUGUU